AUGGCGGCCUCCUCCUCGGGCACUGUCACCAUCUCCCUGCUCUCAAGCGACGACGAGCAGCGAGGCGAGCAGGACGUGCCGUCCGCAGACUCGCCAUCCGCUUCUGUCGCCGCCGCCGAGACUGCGGCCGAGCGCAGACCCGUCGCAAAGCGGAGGCGGCGCAGAGGCGGCGGUCGCAGUUGGCGCCGCCGCGCGGGCGACGCCUCUGCCUCGUCCACUCGCGCAGAGGACGGUGAGGCUGCCGCUGCGGCUGAGCUCGCCUCCGGCACCUCUGCCACCGAGCUGCGCGCCGCUCUCCUCGCCUUCGGUCUCCGACCCGGAGGAGGAGCCAAGCCGGCGCUGGCGCUUCGCCUGCUGCGAGCCCGCCGCGCCGCCGCGGUGAGCGAGGAGCGGUACGGCGUCGCGGCGAGCGACGAUGCCGGGGCGGUGCCGCCGCCCGAACUUAGGCACCGAACUGUGAACAGUGCCGACGUUCACAGUUGA